AUGGAGGGUCUUUUUCCAUCUGAAUGGAAGAGUGCUGAUGUCUGCCCAGCCCCCAAGAAAACCAAAGUUGUUGAUAUAGAGAAUGAUUUAAGACCCAUAUCACUUACCUCACCAGUAGCGAAAGUCUACGAGAGUCAUCUUAACUCACUACUACUUGAUCAUGUUGGCCCCAAAUUGGAUGAUCGCCAUUUCGGAUCUGUUAAAGGUUCGUCCACAACCUGUGCAUUGGUGGAUCUCAUGAACUUUCUAUAUUCCAAUACCGACAACCCAAACGAUGCAAUUAGACGUCUGUUUUUAUGACUUGAGUAAAGGCUUUGAUAGAGUGGAUCAUAACAUCUUAUUGGAUAUCCUGAGAGAACUGGAUGUCCAUCCUGUUCUAAUUCAGAGUAUUCGUAGUUUCUUGACAGGAAGGCACCAAAGAGUGUGUGUCAACGGUUUUUCAUCUGAAUGGAAACCGGUACCAGCUGGAAUUCCGCAGGGUAGUGUUUUAGGACCUACUCUUUUUCUAUUAAUGGUAAACGCUCUGGCUUACAGAGAAUCGUGGAGAUGGAAGUAUAUGGACGACCUGACUAUUAGUGAGACCCUUCAUAUUGUGAAUAAUUUGUGCUCUAGUAAUCUCCAACAAAGCUCGAGUGAUAUUUGUGAAUUUGUACACGAAAAGAAAAUGAUGCUUAACCCAGUAAAAUGCAAAGAAAUGUUCGUCUGUUUCAAAAGAGUACCUCCAGUGAUUGAUAAUAUUACUAUCAACGUCCCAAUUGAAAGGGUAUCUACCUAUAAAUUACUUGGGGUUAAUCUGUCAUCAAAUCUUAAGUGGAAUGAGCAUGUCAAUAUGAUAACAAAGAAAGCUGCGAAGCGUAUUUACUCUGUGAGACUUCUGAAAAGGGCCGGGCGUUGCAGAUACGGACUUGGUCAUUUUCUACUCAACGUGCGUAAGAACAGUAUUGGAGUAUGCUUGCCCUGCAUGGUUUUACAGUACUACUGA